AUGACACAAGAUCCCGGACCACUUGAUCUUUCAGGGUUAAAUCCAAAUAGCGCCUCCAUCACCACCGAUGCCAUCCUCGACAUCAUAGCCGAGAGACGCCCAAGUAUCAAACUUCCGCUCACAAUGACCAAGACCGCAGCAAUUGGGUUUUUUCAUCAAUACGUUUGCCGACCACCACCUGGAGGGUAUCCUAUGCCCUUUACCGCGACUCCUUCUCCCGUACCUCAACCAUACCACCGCCUCCUCACUCGGGAUGAGAUUCGUUUUGCUCUCCAAUGCCAUUGCCCUGUGAUGUUUGUCCCGUCGGAUCUCCUCAAGCCAAUCCUUCUGGCCCUCUAUGUGCAGUUCGUUUUGGACAACAUUGCUGACAAGUCGAUCUUUGAAGGCGUGCAUUACUUCUAUCGUCAAGUUUAA